AUGACGAUCGGCAAAAAUAAUAAGAUGCAACAGCAUAUAAACUAUCGAGUCAGAGUAAUACUGCAGGACUCGAGAACAUUUAUUGGGACAUUCAAAGCUUUCGAUAAACAUAUGAAUUUAAUAUUGGGUGACUGUGAGGAAUUUAGAAAAAUCAAGUCUAAAAAUACCAAAACCGUUGAUAGGGAAGAGAAAAGGACACUCGGUUUUGUUUUGCUGAGAGGUGAAAAUAUAGUGUCGUUGACUAUAGAAGGACCUCCGCCUCCUGAGGAAGGUUUGCCUCGUGUGCCUUUGCCUGGCGCUAUGGGAGGCCCGGGGGUUGGCAGAGCGGCCGGUCGAGGCGCGGGUAUUGGAGCUCCGCCUGGUUUACAGGGCCCGGUGAGAGGUGUCGGAGGGCCUUCACAGCAGCAUAUGGCUCCGGGACCUAGGGGACAGUUAUCAGCGCCUCCACAGAUGCGAGGCGGGCCAAUGAUGGGUGGUCCGCCUCCUGGCAUGAUGGGAGCUCCCCCCGGUAUGGGCCGAGGUGGCCCCGGCAGAGGAGGACCACCUGGCAUGCGUCGAUACUAA